AUGCUGCGAGGGCCGCGGGCCCUGGCUCCGGCCGCGGGGCCGCCCCCCAAGGGUCUGCCCACGAUGAGCCCCACGGAGCUGUGGCCGCCCGGCCUCAGCAGCCCUCAGCUCUGCCCGGCCACCACCACCUACUACACCCAGCUGUACCCGCAGACUGUGCCUCCCGCUGCGGCGCCGGGCACCUGCCUCGACGCUACCCCCCACGGACCGGAGGGCCAAGCUGUGCGAUGCGUGCCUGCUGGCCGGCUGCCGGCCAAAAGGAAGCUGGACCUGGAGGGGAUCGGGAGGCCUGUGGUCCCUGAAUUCCGGACUCCCAAGCGGAAGUGCAUUAGAGUGGAUGGCCUCCCCAGCCCCAAAACCCCCAAGUCGCCUGGGGAGAAGACUCGCUAUGACACGUCGCUGGGGCUGCUCACCAAGAAAUUCAUUUACCUCCUGAGCGAGUCUGAGGAUGGGGUCCUGGACCUUAACUGGGCGGCUGAGGUGCUGGACGUGCAGAAGCGGCGCAUCUACGACAUAACCAAUGUGCUGGAGGGCAUCCAGCUCAUCCGCAAGAAGGCCAAGAACAACAUCCAGUGGGUAGGCAGAGGACUGUUUGAAGACCCCACCCGGCCUGGGAAGCAGCAGCAGCUGGGGCAGGAGUUGAAGGAGCUAAUGAGCAUGGAGCAGGCCUUGGACCAGCUCAUCCAGAGCUGCUCUCUGAACUUCAAGCACCUGACGGAGGACAAGGCCAACAAGAGACUGGCCUACGUGACUUACCAGGACAUCCGUGCUGUGGGCAACUUUAAGGAGCAGACGGUGAUCGCUGUCAAGGCCCCUCCGCAGACGAGACUGGAAGUGCCUGACAGGAGCGAGGAGAACCUGCAGAUAUAUCUGAAGAGCACGCAGGGCCCCAUCGAAGUCUACCUGUGCCCAGAAGAGGUGCAGGAGCCCAACAGUCCUGCCAAGGAGCCCCUCCCCUCCACCUCCGCCCUCAGUCCCAGCCCUGACGCCACCCAGCCCAGCAGCAGCAUCAACCCUGGAAUCACGGAAUCCACGGCAUCCUCAGCACCAGCGCUGAUGUCCCAGCAGGUCCUGCCGCCACUCCCGCCGUCCCUUGUCCCGCUGGAGGCCACCGACAGCAUGCUGGAGCCGUCACACCCACUCCUGCAGCAGACCGAAGACCAGCUCCUGUCCCCGACACCGCCGUGCGGCUCCCCUCUGAUCAGCUUCUCCCCGCCCUUGGACCAGGACGACUACCUGUGGGGCCUGGACGGCGGGGAGGGCAUCAGUGACCUCUUCGACACCUAUGACCUCGGGGACCUGCUGAUUAACUGAAUGGCCCCUGCCUGCCCCCCGGCAACCCCGCCAGUCUCCACCUCCUCACAGGCAGACUGACAGGCCCUCUGCCUGCACAGGAUGUGACACGAGGUGCUGCCCUCAGGGUAUGGGGGUCCCCCCUUUUCCUUUCCUACCUACCACCUGCCGGCCAACGCUGUCGGGGGAACGUGGAGGAUACGGGGGAGGAGCCUGUCAGGGGUUGGGUCCUGUCCUUCUUCAUGGAAACUGGGCCUGGGAAGACCCAGCCAGUCUUCUGACCUCCGACCUCUCAUGUGAAGGGCCACAGGGGAGGUGACCAGGUCCAAGGAGAGGCCCUGCAACUGCCUUUAGAGGGGCAGUUAGGACCCUCUGUUUAUCAAGAAGCACUUAAUGCCUUUGUAUUUAUUUCAGGUUGAGUUUUGUUUGUUUGCCUUCCCUGAGUUUUAGCAGGGAGGUUGUUCUAGUUCCUAGGAAGACGUCUCCUCAGACAGGUCCAAGGGCAGGCCGGGGCUUGCAGGGGCCCAGGCCAACUCCCUGACUCCCCCCAGCAGUGGGGACUGGGCCUCAGGGGCCAUCCAGUCUGCUGGAAUGCCAGUUGCACUUCAGCCUCCUAAUUCUCUCGAGCGGGGGCUGCAGGAUUCCUGGUCUCCUCUGUCCCAGAGCUGGUUCCAGGGAGUCAGCCGAGAAGAGGUCUUGGGGAAACUGGGGCACAAACGUGGAAGCAGCUGUCCGCUGCUGUGGGCACCUUUCCUCCGUUGUUGCCUCUUGCUGGGACAGGGGCUGUUUUACACUGAGGACCUGGGCGGCAGAGACAGCCCCACUAUGGACAAG